AUAGGUAGAAGAGUUGAAUUAUUAGACUGGAAGGUAUAAGACAUAAAGAGAAUCAAAGAAGUUUAUAAGUUACCAAAUCUGUACAACAUCCAAAAAUAUCUAGACAAAUAUGAUUUGGUUAUGAUAAUGAUUUUAUCAAACAAUUUCACUUUUAUUUCUGGUUAUGAUCAUAUGAGACUAUCCAAACUUCCAAGCCUCCUUUUCCCAACUUUCUGAACAUUUGAUUGAAGAUUUAAUCAAUUAGAAUAUUACUUGUGAUAGUGAUAUAGUAUUUUAUGGAGUUCAAUUGAGCGAUCAAAUUCAUAUAGCACCCAAAAUAUUCUGUACAGAUAUUUGUUGGUUGUGAUAAUGGUUUUAGCAAACAUUUUCACUUGUACUUCUUAUGGCCACAUGUGACUAUCCUAAUUGAGAAAUAAAUUUUAAUCCAUUAAUUAAGUGAAUAUUUCCUAGAAAUCAUAAUCGCGUUUGGCUUGGCAUUUCAUUUUUUUUAUUACUGUUGAAGGAAAUUAAAGAUAAAUUGUUGAAUACCAUCUAUACUAAAGAUUUCUUAAUAAGAUAGCUUCAAGUAUGACUACUAUUCUCUUUGAUAUAGUUAGAUGGCUUGAAAGAUAAAUUAACCAAUCUCCAAGGAUUCAGAAGCAUGAUUUGAAAUAUGAAUGCUAUUUUAAAUUAGCCAGUCAUUCUUAGUUUCGCCACAUUAUCUAUUCUGGCAUAAGAAAAACUAGCAGGACAACAUUCGAAGAUAGUAAGCUAAUGCUUUACAUGUGCUAUGGAGGUAUGUUCUAGUACAUAGGAGGGAAUGUUACAUCACGUUUCUUAUAGGUGUUUGUUUACUACGGAAGCCGAAGAAUUUUUCAAACUAUAAAUUAUGAACAUAUAGGAUGUUAUUUCUGCAGUUCUAAACAUAUUCUUUGAUUCACGUGUAUUAUAGUCACUGCUCACUAUGGUUGUUUGGGUAAUUUUAUUGCUUCUGAAGUUAUUGAGAUUUUCUUUGAAUUUCCUCACCUUAAUUCUUCCAGGAAUAAUUUAUGCAAAUGAAUUUAAAGAGAGCAGGCUGAAGUCACUUACAGCUAAUAUACAUCGCAUGGGUGUUACUAAUACAAUAAUUUGUAACUAUGAUGGGAAGGAGAUACCAAAGGUUCUUGGGCUCAAUUCUGUUGAUAGAGUAUUAUUGGAUGCCCCCUGCACUGGUACUGGGGUUAUAUCUAAAGAGCAAUCUAUUAAAACAUCAAAGACGGUUGAAGAUGUCCAGACUCGUACCUUCCUGCAAAAGCAACUCAUUAUAGCAGCAAUUGAUCUAGUAGAUGCUAAGUCAAAGACAGGAGGAUACAUAGUAUAUUCAACUUGUUCCAUGUUGGUUCAUGAGAAUGAAGCUAUUAUAGACUAUGCACUUAAAAAGAGGGACAGGAUUCAUAAGGUUCAGGGAACACCGAUUUCAUCCAUCUUUGGAGAAAACAAGGAGAUUUUAUCCACAUGUAAAUAACAUGGAAGGAUUUUUUGUUGCUAAGUUGAAAAAGCUAAGCAAUUCCAAACCAGCAGCCUCUCAACC